AUGCCGAACACCGGUCAAUACAGCCGACGCUGCUAUUCAUGUCGACAGCGACACUGCAAGUGCGAUCUUGCACGUCCCUCCUGUGGUCAAUGUCUACGUGCAGGAAAGACUUGUUCGGGUUAUCGAGAUGACGGUAGCAUGCGCUUCCGCAUUAUCAACCAUUCAUCGUUCCAACCGGGCACGAGGCGUCAAAAUCGAAAGAUACGUUAUGAGGACCCACCGAUGGUCAAAGAGAGCUCCACUGAAGAAAGCGAGACCCCUUCUGUUCAGAUAAUAUACGAGCCCUCCCAGGUGUGGAGCCACCAUGUGAUUCCAUUGGUCUUGGACAAGUUUACUGUUGACCUCGUGGAUACAAGGAUAGAUAGUAGCAUGUUCGCUACUAUUCCACGCAUUAUAUCCAGUACGAAUGAAGGUUCCUCAGUCUACUCAGUCUGCAAUGCCAUCGCUUGUGCAUAUCUAGCUACUACAACGGGGACAACGGCUGCAACUGUCAACAGAGCUCGGGCGUAUGGGACGGCACUAAAGACCGUGAAUGCAGCUUUGAAUGAUCCUAUUGAGUGUAAGAGUGACAGCACGUUGUUGGCCAUUUGGAUGUUUGUUGUGUACGAGUUCCUAUCGAAUCCCCACCUCACAACUAUUGCAGGAUCUGAAGAGGGAGACCGUCACUGUCGAGGAAUGGCCUCUUUGAUUAGGCUUCGAGGCUCGGAGCAGUUUUCUAGGCAGGAUGGACGGAAUCUCAUUUGGUUUGUCUGCCAUUGCACUCAAGCCAAGGCGCUAGUUGCCGGUCGCGAGUCCCCUGAAGAAGUGCUGGGCUGGAUCCAAGAACUCUCCCAAUCCAUGAAGAGAUCGGAGUAUAUCCUAGUCCAAGCCUGUACCUUCGCCUACCACUGCACUCGCCUUCUUUGUCAAAUUCGAAAUGUGCUAACCAGCAAUUUGGACUUGGCUUUGACCACCUACUCGUCUAUAAUGCAGCAAAUGGACGAGACAGAAAGACUCUGGAGUUCUUCGUAUGAUUCGGCUCCACCCUCAAUAUCGUCUAUCGGAGUGCAUGCAUAUCAAGGCAAUUUUCGAAUGCGUGUCUCAGCGGGGCUUUUAGCCUUUCUAGAUCGUGCAUCGGACUCGAGCCUCUUCGACCAGCCUCAAUUUGAUUUCAACACAAUUCAAGAACGUUGCACUGCAGCCUUCCGUGCCACGGCUACAUCCAUCCUGAGCGUACAGGGCAUUUCCCACGGUACUACCCACCUAUCUAGUGAUAGAUUGAAUCUUGGAUGGGGAGAUGCAGUCAUGAUUUAUGGAUCAUUGAGAACCAUCGCUGUAUCUCCUAUCUCACUAGACUGGCAAAGAAACGCGGCGAUCAGUGUUUGUGCAGUAAUCAAAGAGCGACUUGGUUUUCAACUUUUGAUAUGA